AGUGACGGCAAUGCAAGCUUCUUACGGGCUGCGAGGGCAGGAAACUUGGAGAAAGUUCUAGAAUACCUGAAGGGCAGCACAGAUAUUAAUACAAGCAAUGCUAAUGGCUUGAAUGCACUGCACCUGGCUUCCAAGGAGGGACAUGUUAACAUAGUUACAGAGCUGCUAAAGCGUGGGGCAAAUGUGGAUGCAGCUACAAAGAAAGGGAAUACAGCCCUUCACAUUGCCUCCUUGGCUGGACAGGAAGAAAUAGUUAAGAUAUUGGUACAGAACUCUGCCAAGGUUAAUCUACAAUCUCAGAAUGGAUUCACCCCACUUUAUAUGGCAGCCCAGGAGAACCAUGCAGCUGUGGUGAAGUUCCUGUUGGCAAAUAAUGCGCAGCAAGGCCUGGCAACUGAGGAUGGAUUUACUCCACUAGCAGUUGCCUUACAGCAAGGACAUGAUAAGGUUGUUGCAGUGCUGCUGGAGAAUGACUCAAGGGGCAAAGUCAAACUCCCAGCUCUUCAUAUCGCAGCCAAGAAGGAUGACACAAAGGCCGCUGCCUUGUUAUUGCAGAACGAACAUAAUGUUGAUGUCCAAUCAAAGAACGGAGGAUUAGUCAAUGAUACAACAAAGAGUGGUUUCACUCCCCUUCACAUCGCUGCACAUUACGGCAACAUUAACGUAGGAACUCUUUUGGCCGACAAAGGUGCUGACGUCAACUACCAAGCAAGAAACAACAUCGUACCACUGCACGUUGCAUCUAAGUGGGGACGAACAAACAUCUGCACUCUACUCUUGGAUAGAGGGGCACAGAUAGAGACAAGAACAAAGGAUGGUCUAACUCCACUACAUUGUGCAGCAAGAAGUGGCCAUGAGGCUGUUGUCGAUCUUAUGCUGGAGAGAGGGGCACAACAAGCAGCUAAAACAAAGAAUGGACUCACGCCACUUCACAUGGCUGCCCAAGGUGACCAUGUUGACUGUGCAAGAUUGUUGCUCUACCACAAGGCACCUGUGGAUGAGGUUACAGUGGACUAUCUAACACCUCUCCAUGUAGCAGCCCAUUGUGGAAAUGUAAGAACUGCAAAACUCUUGUUGGACAAGAAAUGCGAGCCAAACUCCAGGGCACUGAAUGGAUUCACUCCCCUUCAUAUUGCGUGCAAGAAGAACCGCAUCAAGGUAGUUGAACUCCUUCUGAAAUACCUAGCCAACCUUGAGGCUACCACAGAGUCUGGCCUCACCCCCCUGCAUGUAGCAUCCUUCAUGGGACACAUGAACAUUGUCUUGUAUCUACUCCAACAUGGUGCUAACCCUGACACGCCUACAGUUCGUGGGGAGACUGCACUACAUUUGGCAGCAAGAGCUAACCAGACAGACAUCAUUAGGAUUCUCCUGCGUAAUGGGGCACAGGUUGACGCUAGAGCUAGGGAGCAGCAAACUCCAUUGCAUAUUGCAUCUAGGUUGGGCAACACUGAUAUCUGCAGCCUUCUCCUACAACAUGGAGCAUCUCCAAAUGCCACCACCAAGGAUCUGUACACACCUCUCCAUAUCGCUGCCAAGGAAGGCCAAGAAGAGGUGGCUGCAGUCCUACUUGAACAUGGGGCAGACCAGAACUUAACGACAAAGAAAGGAUUCACCCCACUGCAUAUUGCUGCCAAAUAUGGUAAGAUCAAGGUGGCCCGUCUUUUGCUACAAAAGGAUGCCGACCCCAAUGUUCAGGGAAAGAAUGGCCUGACCCCCCUACACGUUGCCACGCAUUACAACCAUGUGAAUGUUGCUCUGCUACUAUUGGACAAUAAAGCCACACCCCACUGUGCUGCCAAGAAUGGCUACACCCCACUUCAUAUUGCCGCAAAGAAGAACCAGAUGGACAUUGCUACCACCCUCUUGGAAUAUGGUGCCAAGCCAGAUGCCGAAUCCAAGAGUGGAUUCACGCCACUACAUCUUGCGUCCCAGGAAGGACACACAGACAUGGUUUCCCUCCUUCUGGAACAUAAAGCAUCUGUCAACUGCUCUGCUAAGAAUGGGCUCACUCCAAUGCACUUGGCCGCCCAGGAAGACAAAGUCCCAGUGGCAGAGGUCCUUGUGAAAUAUGGUUCAGAGAUUGACCCACGAACAAAGGCUGGCUAUACUCCACUGCACACAGCAUGUCAUUUUGGACAGAUCAAUAUGAUUCGUUUCCUAUUGGAACAUGAAGCUGAUGUCAACGCUGUUACCAAGCUGGGCUAUACCCCACUUCACCAAGCCGCACAACAAGGACACGUCCUCGUGAUAAAUCUCCUUCUCAAAUAUGGCGCCAACCCUGAUGCCCUCACAAAUACUGGGCAAACAGCUCUAUCUAUUGCCGAUCGUCUAGGCUACAUUUCGGUGGUAGAGGUGUUGAAGAACAUUACCACAGUCUCCGUGACAACAACCACAACAACAGAGGAAAAAUACAAAGUGGUUGCCCCAGAAACGAUGCAGGAAACUCUUCUAACAGAUUCUGAGGAUGAGGGAGGCAAUGCCGAGGAAGCCCCGCUUUCUGAACAACACGUAUAUGUAAAGCAUUACGAGCCGAAACAGGUUGUAGGUCAAAGUAAUGCGACAAUGGAGGCCCUAGUUGGCCCUCUAGAGAGUGAAGAUCACACACUAAGUGAGACGUCAUACAACUACAUGACGGAGAAGGAGAUGAAGUACAUGGCAGAUGACAGCAUGUCACCAUCUGGCCUUAAGCCCCCUGGGGAGAGGGGUUACAGCAUGACUGAUGGUUUCACACCAAGCAUAGCCACAGCAGGCCUAGCAAGUAUGGAAACCUCACACUUCCAAUAUCCAGAUGAGAGUUUCAAUUACAGCUACCAGGGAGAGGACGCUAUCAUACCAGCAAGCAUGUCUGCAUCAUAUGCUUCAUACAAAGGCCAAUCACCAGGACCAGAUGCUUACGACAAGGACACCAUGAGAAUUACAUCUGAUGCCGUUAAUGAGGGAUACAGACGUCGUGCCGAAAGCUCCUACAGUGGACAUUCUUUCGCCUCAUCUUUUGAUCCAGAUAAUGUCCUCGUAGACAAAACUCCAGCUUCUUCAGGUUUCCUGGUAAGCUUCAUGGUUGAUGCUCGAGGAGGAGCUAUGAGAGGUUGCCGUCACAGCGGGGUGCGUUUGAUCAUCCCACCACGCAAGGCAUCCAUGCCAACACGUGUUACAUGCAAGCUGGUGAAGAAAGAGAAGUUGUUGCACCCACCCCCUCUGAUGGAAGGAGAGGCACUGGCCAGCAGAAUCCUGGAGAUGGGACCUCAUGGAGCACAAUUCUUGGGCCCUGUGAUCAUUGAGGUGCCUCACUACGCCUCUCUUAGAGGACGUGAGCGUGAAAUUGUCAUCUUACGCAGUGACAAUGGCGAAACAUGGAAAGAACAUACAAUGGAGGCAACUGAUGAUGCAAUCCACUCGACCUUGAAUGGGUCAUUUGAAGAUCUAGAGACUGCAGAGGAUCUUUUCAAGAGCCGAACAACACGCAUUCUGACCACAGACUUCCCACAAUACUUUGCUAUUGUGACACGUGUAAGACGGGAGACUAACACUAUUGGUGUUGAGGGUGGUAUGUUAAGCUCCACUGUUGUACCACAAGUACAGCUAGUUUUCCCAGAGAGAGCACUCAAGAAAGAGAUCAAGAUUGGUCUGCAGGCCCAGCCAUUGCCUCCCGAGAUGGUCUCCAAGUUGCUAGGGAACCGUGUUGCAGUGAGCCCCAUAGUGACAGUUGAGCCAAGACGUCGCAAGUUCCAUAUGCCAUUCACACUGACCAUUCCUGUGCCGAAAGCCUCUCAGAAGGGUAUGAUUAACCAAUAUGGCGGAGAUGCUCCUACACUACGAUUGUUGUUCAGUAUACCAGGAGGGAGCAGCCAAUCAAAAUUAGGUGGCACCUCUCCUGCCGAAUGGGAAGACAUUACUGGAAAAACCCCAUUGACUUUUGUCAAUGAUUGUGUGUCUUUUGCUACAAAUUUUUCGGCAAGAUAUUGGUUGAUGGACUGUCAAAAUGUCAAUGAUUCAACCAAGAUGGCGACUGAACUUUAUAAAGAGGCAAUCCACGUGCCAUUCAUGUCCAAAUUUGUCGUGUUUUCCAAACAUACUGAACCUCAAGAAGGACGGCUACGCGUUUUCUGUAUGACAGAUGACAAAAUGGAUAAAACUCUGGAAACCCAGGAGCAUUUUACAGAAGUGGCCAGGAGUAAGGAAGUUGAGGUUCUUGAAGGAAAACCACAAUGGGUUGAAAUGGCUGGAAAUCUCGUACCCGUCACGAAAUCAGGCGAACAACUCCAUAUUAAUUUCCAUGCAUUUAGAGAAAAUCGUCUACCGUUUACGGUUCGUGUUCGCGAUACAAACCAGGAGGCUCAAGGCCGUAUUGCAUUUAUGAAAGAUCCCCGUGUUGGGCGUGACCAACCUUCACAAACCCCUAUAUGUAACCUGAAUGUAUCACUGCCAGAUGAGAUAAAGGAAGAGAGUCUUACUCUAAGAGAGGAAGAAGCCAAGGAACUCAAGGAUAAAUUUGACCAAGUAAAAGGUAUAGUUAUCACAGAUACUGUUACAAGAGCUGACCUCCACCUUGCUGAUAUUGCCGAGGCUGUUGGUGAUGACUGGGUUAUCCUGGCUAGGGAACUACAAAUCACUGAGUAUGAAACAACAACUAUUCAGACUGAAACUACAGUGGUUAAAGACCAGGGUCUGGCUAUGUUACAACUCUGGGUACAAAAAGAAGGAGAUAAGGCAACUGGCAAUGAGCUGGAAGGUGCUUUACGUAGAAUUGGUCGUGAUGAUGUUGUUCGUAAAUGUAUGACAAACAUCGAAACUGUAACAGAAACUACCACAUCAGUUGACGUCAUGACCAAAUCUGGAAACGAUGAUGAAGGAUUUGCCGCCUUCAAAGAUGAACUUGGACCAUCACGAGAUGCUUCAAUGAAACGAGGCUUAUCAUUGGACGUUUCUUACGAUGAACAAGAUAUAGUAAAAGAAUCUGAAUCUGCAGAGGAAUCCAGUGAAGCUGGGUCUGUCGUUGAAAAAAUACCAGAGACCAUUCCUGAAGAGGAACCAAUUUCGAAAUCUGAAAAAGAAGCCGCUCAGGAAGAUUUUAUUGAAAAAGUUGAGGGCAUGGAUGUUUCGAUGGGCAUGGAUGACCGCAUGCCCUCUUCAAGCAGUGAAGAUUCAUUACAUGACAAAGACAAACAAGGAAGAGACCGUGGUGCUAGAGCUACUACUAAGACUCCUCCCCCCUCCCCAUCAGCUGUUGAAGAAGUGUCUGAGCCAAAGGUGGAGGAAGUGGUCGCUAAAUUAGCAGAGUCAGAGGCCUGGCAAUCCAGCGAGGAACUCGAUGAACGACCACCCAUCAUCAAAGAAGAACCUAUGUCUGUCCCUGAACCAGAUGAAGUUGAUAUUCACACAGAAAGAACAGUUGGAGAGCCUGAAACUGAAACCUAUGAAGAUGAGGUAGAAGAAACUCUGCCUGAUGGUACUGUUGUGAAACGUAAAAUUAUUAGAACUAGGACCGUGACUCGUGUUACUGAAAGGACCACCAUUGAAGGUGUUGACACUGAUAUUACACGACCUGAUGAGCCUGAUAGCACAGAUGCUGGUGAACCUGAGCCAGUUGUUAUUGAGGAGGUUCCAACUGAACAGUUCGAAGCACCACCAUCUGCUCCUUCUACUGAGGAAGCAUAUCAAGAACAACAACCUGAACCUGAACAAUUUGAAGAACCAGCAGCUCUUGAGUUGUCUUAUGAGCGGCCAGAGCCCGAACCUGAACAGUUU